GGGCGGGGCGGGGCGGGGGUCAUGAGCACCCCGACUGCAGGCUGAUUGCUGUUAGAAAUGGCAAAGAAUUUGUGUAGGGGAAUCUCAAACACAACAACGGAAUUUACUCACUCAGCCAACCCACAGUCACACCAGUGAGUUCACAGUGCAAAGAGGCCAUUGACCUGCUGUGUGUGUGGCAGGGAUCUGUUCAGCCUGAAGAUAGAUCAGCAAGUUCACACGAUAGAGGAUUCAUCUGCUCUGACUGUGGGAAGUGGUUCAUUCUGUAUUCCAAGCUGAAGAUAAAUGAGAAAGUUCUCACCAUUGAGAGGCUGUUCACCUGUUAAUGUCUGGGCAGAAAUCACCUCACUCAGCUCACUGGCAGAAAAACCGGGGAUUCACAGGGAAGAGAGGCCAUUUACCUGCUCUGUGUGUGGAAUAGCUGUGCUUAGUUAUCUGUUCUGCUGAUACUGAAGUGAGUUCACACUGGAGAGAUGCCAUUCACCUGUUCAUACUGUGGGAAGAGAUUCACUCGGUCAUCUGACCUAUUGGCACACCAAUCAUUUCACACUGGGGAAAAGCCAUUCACCUGCUCAGACUGUGGGAUGGGAUUUUCUCGAUCAUCUAAGCUGAAGGUACACCAGCGAGUUCACACUGGGGAGAGGCCGUUCACCUGCUCAGACUGUGGAAAGGGAUUCACUGUUUCAUCCAGUCUGCAGACACACCAGUUAGUUCACACAGGGGAGAGGCCAUUCACCUGCUCAGAUUGUGGGUUAGGAUUCACUCGGUCAUCUGAUCUUCUGGCACACCAGUCAGUUCACACUGGGGAGAAACCGUUCGCCUGCUCAGACUGUGGGAAGCGAUUCACUCGGUCAUUUCAUCUGAAGCUACACCAGCGUGUUCACACGGGAGAGAGGCCAUUCAUCUGCUCAGAUUGUGGAAAGGGAUUCACUCGGCCAUCCUACCUACAGACACACCAGCGAGUUCACACCGGGGAGAGGCCGUUCACCUGCUCAGACUGUGGAAAGGGAUUCACUCGGUCAUCUUACCUACUGGCACAUCAGCAAGUUCACACUGGGGACAGACCAUUCACCUGCUCAGAAUGUGGGAAGGGAUUCAUUCAGUUAUCCAAUCUACAGAGACACCAGCAAGUUCACACAGGGGAGAGGCCAUUCAUUUGCUCAGACUGUGGGAAGGGAUUCACUCAGUCAUUUGAACUGAAGGUGCAUCAGCGAGUUCACACAGGAGAGAUGUUGUUCAUCUGCUCUGAGUGUGGGAAGGGAUUCACACGACCAUCCCACCUACACACACACCAGCGAAUUCACACUGGGGAGAAACCAUUCACCUGUUCAGAUUGUGGAAAAGGAUUUACUCACUCAUCUCACUUGAAGCUACACCAUCGAGUUCACAGUGGAGAGAGGCCAUUCACUUGCUCUGAAUGCGGUAAGGGAUUCUCUCAGUCAUCCAGUCUACAGAGACACCAGUCAGUUCACACUGGGGAGAAACCAUUCACCUGCUCAGAUUGUGGGAAGGGAUUUCCUCAGUCAUUUCAACUGAAGCUACAUGAGCGAUUUCACACUGGGGAGAGGCCGUUCACCUGCGCUGAAUGUGGGAAGGGAUUCACUCAGUCAUCCAGUCUACAGACACACCAGCGAAUUCACACUGGGGAGAAACCAUUCACCUGUUCAGACUGUGGAAAGGGAUUUGCUCAGUCAUCUCAACUGAAGAUACACCAGCGAGUUCACACUGGGGAGAGGCCAUACAUCUGCUCAGUAUGUGGGAAGCGAUUCACUCAGUCAUCCAGCCUACAGACACACCAUCGAGUUCACACUGGGGAGAGACCAUUCAUCUGCUCUGAAUGUGGGAAGGGAUUCAUUCAGUUAUCAAACCUUGUGACACACUACCGGGUUCACACUGGGGAAAAAGUUGCAAUAAGCUGCAUGCUGGAUAUUUAACCAUUGCAGUUGCAAGUUCAAGAAUGACUGAUGGUGUGGAACUCCAAUUAUUGCUGCUGCUCUUUACAUCCGGUUCUGCACCCCACCCUGGUCACUGGAUGUGGGAGGAGUUUCUUCUGCUAAUACUCAACUCUAAGGGGACUGGAGUUUAAUAUCCUGGCUCUAUGACAAAUAAAGCAGUUGUAUUUUAAA